AUGUGGUUGGCACAGCAUUAUACUCGCGUGCUACAAGCAACACUCACGACUACCAAAACUAUUGAGCAAUACCAUCGUAGCUCUUUUACUCCUCAAGACGAACACGUUGAAUGUGAAACUCAGAGCUGGUACCAAGAGGUGUCAAAGCUAAAGGCAAAGUAUGAUUCUCUUCAAAGGACCCAGAGGCAUUUGCUUGGGGAAGAUGUUGGACCAUUGAACAUAAAGGAGCUGCAGAAUCUUGAGAAACAGCUUGAAGGGUCAUUAGCACAACCAAGGCAAAGGAAGGUUGUAAAGCAUGUGCCUAUAUACAAGAACUGA